CGGUUAGGGCUCUGGAUGGCAGACUGGAAGAUCACAGGUUCAAAUUUUGUCUGGAGCAAUACUGUUGUGGUCUUGAGCAACGUACUUCACUCAGUAAGCUUCACUUGUUCCAGUAAGAAGAAGAACAAGAAGGGGAAGACCUUAACUCUGACCGAUUUCCUGGCAGAGGACAGUGGUGGCAGCACCCCUAGCUACCCCACGGCCAAGCCCACCAGCUGGGCAGAUGAGACGGAUGACCUGGAAGGAGAUGUUUCCACUGCCUGGCACACGGAUGAUGACGUUUAUCGUGCCCCUAUCGACCGCUCCAUCUUGCCCACGGCACCCCGGGCCGCCCGAGAGCCCAACAUCGACCGCUCCCGCCUGCCCCGCAGCCCCCCCUACACCGCCUUCCUGGGAAACCUGCCCUACGACGUCACCGAGGACUCCAUCAAGGACUUCUUCAGGGGGCUCAGUAUCAGCGCUGUGCGGCUGCCCAGAGAGCCCAGUAACCCUGAGCGCCUCAAAGGCUUCGGCUACGCGGAGUUCGACGAUGUGGAUUCCCUGAUGAGGGCCCUGAGCCUCAACGAGGAGAAUCUGGGGAACCGGAGAAUCCGUGUGGACAUUGCAGACCAGUCACAAGAAAAAGACCGUGAUGACCGCUCAAUGUCAGGCCGGGACCGAGACAGAAACCGGGGUGACGGAGGCCCCGACAAGACGGACAGUGACUGGAGGGCACGGCCCAGUGCAGAUAGUGAUGACCCGGGGCCCCGGCGAGACGAUGCCUUUGGAGAGCGAUCACGGGAUCGCUAUGAGUCCGAUCGCUACCGGGAUGGCCCACGCCGGGAUAAUGACCGAGGGUUUGAGGGGGGCAGAGACCGCUAUAGGGAUAGGUACGAAGACCGGGAUCGCCGGGACUUCGACAGAGGCUUUGACUCACGUGGGGGAGGCCGGCGUCCUUUCGGCAGUGGGUUCCGCCGCGACUACGACGAUCGGCGUGAUGAUUUUCGGGGCAGCGGGGAUCGCUAUGGCGAGCGAUACGGGGAGCGCGAUGAUCGGUACGACCGCAGGGAUGAGCGGCGCGAGGACAGAGGUGAGGACUCCAGUGGAGGGUCUUUGCAGGUUGCUGGCCCCCCCCAGAGGCCCAAGCUGAACCUCAAACCCCGCAGCGUCCCCAAGGAGGAUGACCCGGGGGCCCCUUCAGCGCAGACGGGCCGUGCAGCCUCCAUCUUCGGAGGGGCCAAGCCCGUGGACACGGCGGCCAAGGAGCGGGAGGUGGAGGAGAGGCUGAAGAAGGAGCAGGAGCGGCUGCAGAGGCAGCUGGAGGAGGACAAGGGCAGGGCAGCAGAGCGGCGGCCCAGGGAGAGGCACCCUAGCUGGCGCAGUGAGGACCAGCCUGCAGAGCGAUCCCGGACAGGAAGUGAGUCAUCGCAGCCAGGCAGUACUUCUGGUCGAGGAUCCCGGCGCAGGGAGAGUGAGCGCUCGGUGGAGAACGAGGUGUUUGGCCGUGAUGAGGACCCCCCCUCUCCCGGGACCCGCCCCCCAGCCAAGCAAGAUGCCCUGCCACUGAAAGUGGUCCCGGCCCCUCCGCCGAAGGAGAAUGCCUGGGCCAAGCGCAGCAAUGUGUCUGGAGGGACCAGCGAGGGAGAAGGGCGCUCUCCGGUGUCACCUGGUAGUACUGCACCACCAAAACUGACCAGUCCCUUAGGUCCUGCAGAUGAUAAAAUCUCUCCCAAAGGAAAAGAUGAGAACAAGGCUGAUGGUGUGCGACUGGACAGAGGCCCCGCAAAGGGGCGGGGGGGUUCAACAGGUCCUGGGACAGGGAGGGGGCGAGGAGACGGAGCGAACAGAGACCGGCGAAGGGAGGCCGACAGGAAAGACAGCAGAAGGGAACGAGAAUCCAGAGCAGCACCUGAGCCAAAGAAAUAUGAGGAGUCCCCAAGCCCUAAGUUCAGCUCAGCAAGCAAGUACGCAGCCCUGCUGAUGGACGGCGAGCAAGCAGAUGAUGCGGAGGAGAACACGGAUUAAAACACAGACAAAUGAAAAAUCUCCACAACCGGACGACGAGUACCGGCAGUUCUUCCCCUUUCAGGACUCUUUAUCCGAAAUAGAAAUAACUGGACUUGUGUUUUAAAAAAGAGGAGGGAAAAAGGCGAGAGGAAAAAAAGAAAUGGAAAUUGAAUAAAUAAUUAUAAUAAAUAAAAAAGUGGAAAAAUCUUAAACGUGACCCUGCGACGCGCCCGUUGUGUGCUCUGUCUAGGACCCGCCCCUCUCUUAAGGGCCGCCCCAGGAGCGGCCAGCGAAGGUAGACGCCCAGCGGCCGUCCCGGGGCAAGAGGGCGGCUGGUUACCCUGGAUCUCGAACGCUGGACUCUCGGGUCUUGCAAGCGGGUCUGUAGGUAGGCAGGACGGCUUUGCCUGAGGUGCAGUUUUUAAGAUCCUUUUUUUUUUAGGAAUGAGGCUUUUUUUUUUAGAACUUCCUGUUCUCGUAAUGUCACUUCAACCUUCGCAGACUGUUGCAUCUCUGUAAUUUGGGGGUCUGUUGUGCGAGUCCUUGUAUGCUGCUUUUAAAUUAACUCCACAUAAAAACAUGCUUUUCUUCAACGGGU